AAAUAAUACUUUUACAUAAAAGAAAAAAAAAAUGGAAAAAGAAGUUGUUAAUCGUUCUUACUGUGUUCAGUUAUGGGGACUCAAAUUAAACCGAAAGAAAUGUUACACGUUACGGCCAUCCGCAGCUCCGCUCCGAGAAAAUUGGUGGCCGGAAUCGAGGCCGGCCGUCCCUGUAAUCAGAACCCUUCUCCAUCACCCACCCGCUUUCCUUUCAAACUGAACUUUUUUUUACUUUCACAAACCAAAUUUACGAAUCUUCUCGUUGAAUUUCAUUCUAACCCACUUCACACCCUCAACAUUCUCCCGUUUGCGCGUCUUUCUUGCUAUGUUUCUGCUCUCUUUGACUGGGAUUCUUGGAGAUGGGCUGCUCAAUUCAUAUCCUAUUACUUGUUUUUUCUUUGUUUAGUUGCGCAAGCCCAUGAUUAUCCGUCUCCUUCUGUUAGAUAUCCUUGUGAAGAUGUUAAUAUGUAUUAUGCUAAUGUAGCACAGUUUAAAGGUGAACCUCUCAAACGUAAGCUAAAUUCAAUUGUUGCUGCUCAUCAUUCCUUGUCCUAUAAAGAGGUCUGGGAUGCCCUCAAGAUUCUUGAUGCUGCUGAUGUAGACAAACCAGAAGCCUCAUCAGCAAUAGUGGAGAUAUACUCACAAAGGAUUGUGUCAAAGUCUCUAGCAGGGAAACCUGAGGGUUGGAACAGGGAGCAUUUGUGGCCUCGUUCUUAUGGGCUUAGAAGAGGUCCAUCCUUGACAGAUUUGCACAAUAUCCAUCCAGCAGAUGCAAAUGUGAAUUCCUCCCGGGGAAACAAAUAUUUUGGAGAAUGCCAAGUUAAAUCCCCUGAAUGCUUGAAGCCAGCCUCCAAAGAAGCGGCUUCCGACACUGAAACCGAUAAGGAAAAAUGGGCACCUCCUAAGCGCGUUAGAGGAGAUAUAGCAAGGGCAGUAAUGUACAUGGCAGUCUCUUAUGGGUUUCACCUUUCUGAUUCUCCAAACAAGGGAAAUAAUGAAAUGGGCCUACUUUCCACAUUGUUAAAAUGGAAUGAGGGUGAUCCACCAUCAAGAGAAGAGAAGUUGAGAAAUGACAGAAUAUGCAAGUUUUAUCAGCACAAUAGAAAUCCUUUUAUCGACCAUCCAGAAUACGUUGAGCUAAUAUGGAAGCAAAUUUCUCCAAUUCGUGAAAGCUCAAAGUUUCUCAAGGGAAGGCAAUGAUUAAUGUAUCUGAUUAACCCACAAGAGACUUCCUAAAGAUCAAUAUGAGAAUCAGCAAUAUAACAAGCACAGCUAACAUCCCAAGGAAGAAGCAGAAAACUGGAGACUGUAGCAGAGAUGAAGAGCUCUUCAUCUGAUCUUUAGAGCUUCCUGUAACAACAGCAUAUGUAAAAUCGAGUCUCUAUGACAUAUACUAGAAAGUGGCUCCUACAAUUUUGAAUUUCUUGCCAUGACAGAGGCCAGAGUUAAUGUUCAGUUCCAUAUGUGGUAAGAACAAGUGUCAGAAUGGGUGUGGAGUUUAUAAUUACCUUGAAGUAUUCGGCGAGGCAUCCCUGAGUUGGCCUGCAAAACAUAAAGGAAGAAGCUUUCAAUCAAAUAUUCAAUUCAGGUUACCUCUUCUCUGUUUUAUUGUCUUUGCUUUUUUAGGGUUGGGAAGUGGGCAGUGAAGCUGUGUGCUGAAAAUGCUUGAGCUGAACAGAUGAUGACACAAAAUCAACAUAGUUUUUGACGAAAGAGGUAAACUGUGAAGUUCCCUUGGAUAUUACAAAUUCUCAUUUGGGUCUUAUUAGCAGUUGGCACCUUGAUAGAAUUAUAAACACCUUGAUAGAAUUA